AUGGCGCAGUACAACCUUAUCGACUUUUGCCUCAAAGAUCGCCCCUCUCGUUGGAAAAAAUUCCUGAAACUCAUCAAAAUGAAGGACAAGUUUGACAAGUAUUGGUACAGAAGGUAUGUUGAUGUCAGUCCUGAGCUUAAAGAGUUCAUGUUUAAUGACCUCAAGAGCAAGUGGCAGAGCAUUUCUUCCGCAUCUUACAGGCAUUUUAGUACUUUGAGAGGUGAAUUAGCGCUUGAAGAGGUGCAUCAGCUGCCCAAUUAUGAUAGGGAGUAUGUUAAGGAGCUUGACAGGAGUAUUGAGGUGGAGUUUGAUGAAACCAUUAUUCGUUGGCACAUUGCUACCGAUGUUUGCUGGAAGUUGGAUUCAGACGACAACGUAAUUAAGAACCGGCCGGAUAUUGAAAAGAUGAUAACUAUUUGUGAGAAUGUAUCCAAUUAUCUACUGUAUAUUUUGGUAUCGCGUCCUUUCAUAUUAACUGCAGGAAUUGGACAGGUCAGAUAUGGGGACACAUGUGCUGAGGCCAGCAAUUUUUUCCAUGGAAAUGAGGACUACGAUAAAGAAACCAUCAUCAGCCUUGAUAGUCUUACAGUUUGCAAGAGGUUGGUGGACGUGGAAACUGAUGUUGCACCCAUGGACGUGAAAGGGGAUAGAAGCAAAUCUGUGUUGUUCGACGGAGUCAAGCUUGCAAAGGCGUUGAGGAAAUUGGACGAUGAGCAGAGGUGGAAGACCAUGAGUCUGGUGUGGAUGGAGAUGUUGUAUUAUGCGGCAAGCCAUUGUAGAGGAAAUUACCAUGCCCAGAGACUUAGUACAGGUGGAGAGCUUCUCACUCUGGUCUGGCUUUUGAUGGCCCAUCUUGGUAUAGGAGAUCAGUACAAAGUAGAAGCUGGUCAUGCUCGGGCUAAGUUAUCGGUUGUCGCAGAUUGGUAA